AUGCCGCCGCCGCUGCCGCCGGUGGCCGCCGCCCGUCCGGGAGCGCCGCGCCUCUACCUGAAGACCCACGGGACCAGGGUCGCGAGGCUGCACCUGCUCGACUGGGUCGUGCUGGCCGUCCUCGUCGCCCUCGACGGCGCGCUCAAUGCCAUCGAGCCCUUCCACCGGUUUGUCGGAGAAGACAUGGUGGCCGACCUCCGGUACCCGCUCAAGGACAACACCGUGCCCGUCUGGGCCGUGCCGGUGCUCGCCGUCUUUGCGCCGAUGGCCAUCGUCGCCGGGAUAUACGUGAGGAGGAGGAACGUGUACGACCUGCACCACGCCAUCCUCGGGCUUCUGUUCUCCGUGCUUAUAACCGCCAUCCUGACCGACGCCAUCAAGGACGGUGUCGGCCGGCCGCGCCCCAACUUCUUUUGGCGCUGCUUUCCUGACGGACUGCCGAGGUACGACAACGUCACCAGAGAGGUCAUCUGCCAUGGAGACCCGGGCGUGAUCAAAGAAGGGUACAAGAGCUUCCCAAGCGGCCACACUUCAUGGUCGUUCGCCGGGCUGGGCUUCCUGUCGUGGUACCUGGCCGGCAAGAUCAAGGCGUUCGACCGGGGAGGCCACGUCGCCAAGCUCUGCAUCGUCGCCAUGCCGCUGCUCCUCGCGGCCAUGGUGGCGGUGUCGCGGGUGGACGACUACUGGCACCACUGGCAGGACGUGUUCACCGCCGGAGUCCUCGGAUUGGUGGUCGCGUCCUUCUGCUACCUACAGUUCUUCCCACCACCCUCCGGUGAACAAGGAUUCUGGCCUCAUUCCUACUUCGAGCACAUGCUUACCCUCGAGGGCGAGAUCGAAGUCCAGUCGGCAGCCAGCUCGAGUCGGCACCUGUCACUGACGCUCGACUCUUCUCCAGGACGUGCUGGAACGGAGAUGAGAACGAGUAGCCAAGCAUUGGACACCAUGGAAUCAGGCCGUAGAUCCUAGUGACUGAAGAAUGCUACUUUUUUUUUCUUCAAGAAGACCGUAUGCUAAUUUUAGUUCUAAAAAUUAAUGUGCGCUAAUUUUACCCUAUCAGACCAAGGGGAUUCAGAUCCCUGAAGCCUGUACGGUUUACUGUGCCAUUCAGUGGAUCAUAGCCUCAUAGGCAUCCUGGCCGUCAGAAAAUUGAUGAGCUUUCUUUCUUUCUGGGUCAAGAAAUUUAACGAAU